AUGGCGGCAGCAGCCCCUAACGAGGCCUGGAGCAGGUGCAGCGGUUGCCAAGCAUGGAGUUGGUAUGACAAAUCGGUGGCGAGGCAGUGCAGGUGCAGCACGUGUGGCCGAGAAGUCAAGCUGCACAAGCCUCGCUCGGGACCCUGUGGCGACAGGGAUGCGAAGGCACGACCCGGCGGCAGCGCUUUCCAGCGGCAGGGCGGCAGGGUGCAGCAGGAUGCGGACAUCCUUCGGUCUAUGUUGCAGUCUGUCGCCAUGGAGUGCUUCCUCCGGCAGUUGCCAACGCCAGUGGAGGUCUCAGCCGAGGAGCAGGUCAAGAGGACCUCAGGAGCUUGGCGAGACGUAGAGAUGAGGCCUGACCAGGCGGUCGCCAAAGCCUUCAAAUGUAGAGAGAAUUGCCCGAAGGCGCAGCUCAAGGAGCAGUCCACAUCUAUCGCCCUCGCUGAUCCGCCGCCGCAGAGCUGUCUGGCCGUCCUGGUCUCCGGCAGCGCCGAGAGCUUGGUGCUGGCCCCCCUGCUCUCCAGCGUGGUCCGGGCGAACGCUAGGGCCGGCCUCCGCGUCGACGUCUUUUUUGGCCUCACGGCGCCCGCGAAGGGGAAGCGGGAGGGGGCCGUGGACCCGAAGAUGUCCCAGUUCUUGCAGAACUUCGACGUCGCGAAGCUGAGGGAUUUCGUCUGCCAGCUCGCCGAGCAGCAGGGCGCAUCCCACUGCACGGUCGAGCUGGAGAGCGAGGAGGCGGCGCACGCGCCCAAGAACGUGGCGCGCCAGAGCAUCAUGACCCACUACCAGAACAGCACCGAGAAGCGCACUGGCGCGAUCGCCAGAUGGCGUUCGCUGUCUCGCCUGCUGGCCAGCGCGCGCACCCACGAGGUCGAAGCGGAGUACGACGCCGUCGUGAUCGCGCGGGCCGACACCUACUGGAUGGCCCCGGUCUCCGUCAACGUCGAGGACUUCCAGAUGGACUCCCUGCAGGUCUCGGUGGCCCCCUGCCUUGACGACACCGGCAUCAACGACAAGGCCAUGGUCCUGGGGAGGGAGGCGGCCGACGUGAUGCUGAGCGCGUACGACAGGUGGCAGAGCGGCGACGAGCGGCUGAGCGGGAGCCGCACUGCCGAGGAGGUCCUGUUCCGCAUCGCCUCCCAGGCUGGACUCCGGAUAACCCCCCAGCCCAUGUACGCGGAGUCGGCGUCGUUCACGCAGACCGGGCUCCCGUGCUUCCAGGAGACAUCCUUCGACCUGAGCAGGCAGCGCUACGAGCAGUGUUUCGUCGAGAGCGCGGGGGACGCGCCGGUCUCCGAGUUCUUCGCAACUUUCGGCUGCGAGGUCAGGAACCCAAACUUCUACGACCUCCUCUGGCCGCAGCAGGUGCAGAAGCUGCAUGAUAACGUGGCCCGCCUCGCCUUCCAGGAUGAGCGCAAGCCACUCGUCCUCACAGUGGUUGGCGCGGACGAGGUCGAGCAGGCAGUGAGUAUGCUCACCGGGCUCCAGAGUCUUGGAGAGGAGGCGCUUGUCCUCACCGUCGGCACCAGCGCGCACAUCUGCAAGGCCCUGAAGGAUUCCCCGGGGGUGUCUGGCAGCAAGUGCAUCGUCGUGCAGCCCACGCAGGAAGUCCGCCUCAGCGUGUUCAAGCAUGCGAUCUUGACCACUGUAGCGCUGGCAGGCCUCACCGACCGCAUCAUGUACGCCUCUCCCCAGGCAGCGUUCGCGAAAGCGCUGUCCCCGCAGCUCGCGGCAUCCGACAUGCGCAUCCUCUUCGCGAGGAGCGCCGCUCCAGCUGGAGACGUUGCCGGUUGCAUCCAGGACGUCUCCAUCCAGGAGUCGUUCGACCUGACUCAUGUCGACAGCAGCGUCCUCGUCCUGCCAGACGCGCCAGAGGUCGCCAGCCUGCUCCUGCGCGCGUGGGACCGCAUGAGCGAGGGCAGCACGCUCUCUGAGAAGGGCGCGCUCUCCCAGCGAGCGGCCCUCGUGGAGGUGCUUCGUGGCAGCGGUCGGCCAGAGGUCGGCCUCCUGCCCUGCGGCCUGCAGCUGCCCCAGGCGUCCAACGCCAAGGCAUCCGGCGAGGACAGGGUCCUCAGCGCGGAGCAGCCUCUUGGGAUCAGCGAUCAGCAGGUGCAGCGGGAGCUCAGGAAGGCAUUGGACGACGCCUGGGUGGACAAGUUCCGCAACGAGGCAUCCAAGGAACGCCGGGCGAAGUCCGAGGGCGAAGUUGCUCGGUCCGACGCCGCCACACGGCAGAGGCAGACCGAGUGGAAGGACAUCUGGGUCCAGCGCGUGCAGGAGCUGCGGGACGAGAACGGCUACAACGAGACUGAGGUCAGGGAGGAACGGAGGAGGCGGAGGGCGGAGAACAAGGCGCACAAGACCGUGCACAGGAGGCACGUGCGGUACCUGCCUCCGGACGAGGCCGCGAAGGUGAAGGCCCGCGAGGACAAGUGGGAGGCCGACAUCCAGAAGCAAAGGAGCGAGGACUUGGCAAACAAGAAGGCCCGCGAGGAGGCCUUCAGGCGCGAGGUACAGAAGGCCCAGGACGCCAUAUACCACAACUUCGAGGAGAACGCGAAGGAUGCGGACGGCUUCGAUGCGCCAAGCGAUGUCUUAGGCACUCUGUCGGCUCGGUAG